GGAGCGCUGUCUACGCGUCUCUGAGAGCAGGAGCAGAAGCCUCAUACCGAGGAAGACGCUGCCGCCGCCCCUCCCCUUCCCCGCCUCAGGGUCCCCCCCCUUCCCCUCCCCAUCAGGCCGCGCGGAGAGAGCGCCCGAAGCCCCAGGAGGAGGCGGCCGAGGCCCCCCGAGCCCCGAGCGCGCGGACCGAGCGAAGCCGCCCGCCCCGUGUGGUGUGUGAGGUGAAAGGCAGCCGCCCGCCCGCCCCCCCUUUCCCUUCUCUCCUCCCCGGAGCCGGUGAGCGCGGAGAGAGCACCACCAUGUCGGCGCCGGCGGCCAAAGUCAGUAAAAAGGAGCUCAACUCCAACCACGACGGAGCCGAUGAGACCUCAGAAAAAGAGCAACAGGAAGCAAUUGAACAUAUUGAUGAAGUACAGAAUGAAAUAGACAGACUGAAUGAGCAAGCCAGUGAGGAAAUUUUGAAAGUAGAACAGAAAUAUAACAAACUCCGCCAACCCUUCUUCCAGAAGAGGUCAGAAUUGAUCGCCAAAAUACCAAACUUCUGGGUAACAACAUUUGUUAACCACCCACAAGUAUCUGCACUGCUUGGGGAAGAGGAUGAAGAGGCACUGCAUUAUUUGACCAGAGUUGAAGUGACAGAGUUUGAAGAUAUUAAAUCAGGUUACAGAAUAGAUUUUUAUUUUGAUGAAAACCCUUACUUCGAAAAUAAAGUUCUCUCCAAAGAAUUUCAUCUUAAUGAAAGUGGAGAUCCGUCUUCAAAGUCAACUGAAAUCAAAUGGAAAUCUGGGAAGGACUUGACGAAACGUUCAAGUCAAACACAGAAUAAAGCUAGCCGGAAGAGGCAGCAUGAAGAACCAGAAAGCUUUUUCACUUGGUUCACUGACCAUUCUGAUGCAGGUGCAGAUGAAUUAGGAGAGGUUAUCAAAGACGACAUCUGGCCAAAUCCUUUACAGUACUACUUGGUUCCUGAUAUGGAUGAUGAAGAAGGGGAAGGAGAAGAAGAUGACGAUGAUGAUGAAGAAGAAGAAGGCUUGGAGGACAUUGAUGAAGAAGGUGAUGAAGGUGAAGAAGAUGAAGAUGAAGAUGAUGAUGAGGGAGAAGAAGGAGAGGAGGAUGAAGGAGAAGAUGACUAAUAGAACACUGAUGGAUUCCAAACCUUCUUUUACCUUUUUAAUUUUCUUCAGUCCCUGGGAGCAAGUUGCAGCCUUUUUAUUUUUAUUUUCUCUUGUGCGCAUUCGCCUUGUUCUCUUGAGGUCUCUUUCUCUCCUCUUUACACCAUGGUUCACAACUUUUUUUUGGGGUGGGAGGGGGGAAUACCUUGAGCAGAAUACAGUGGGAAAAGAAUCUCUACCAGUUUCUGUUCCAAGUUCAUUUUUAUCCCUUCCUAUCUCAAAACAAACUGUUUAUGGAAUCAACACACACUGUGUUCUGUGGGAAAAAAGAAACCUUCUGCUCCCUUCACACUGCUGGAAGCUGAAGGGUGCUAGGCCCCUGUGUAGUAGUGCAUAGAAUUCUAGCUUUUUUCCUUCUUUCUCUGUAUAUUGGGCUCAGAGAUUACACUGUGUCUCUAUGUGAAUAUGGACAGUUAGCAUUUACCAACAUGUAUCUGUCUACUUUCUCUUGUUUAAAAAAAUGAAAAAACUUUUAAAAAAAAAAAAACAAAAAAAAACCAUGGGGUAUAGCAGGUCAGCAAGGGUGGGUUUGAGAUGUUUGGGUGGGUUAAGUGGGCAUUUUGACAACAUGGCUUCUUCUCCUUUGGCAUGUUUAAUUGUGAUGUUUAACAGACAUCCUUGCAGUUUAAGAUGACAGUUUUAAAAUAAAAUUCUCUCCUAAUGAUGACUUUGAGCCCUGCCACUCAAUGGAGAAUCAGCAGAACCUGUAGGAUCUUAUUUGGAAUUGACAUUCUCUAUUGUAAUUUUGUUCUUGUUUAUUUUUAAAUUUUCUUUUUGUUUCACUGGAAAGGAAGAUGCUCAGUUUUAAACGUUAAAAUGUACAAGUUGCUUUGUUACAAUAAAACUAAAUGUGUACACAAA